AUGGCCGACGAGGCCCAGGUGCUGCAGGAGGCAGCCAAGCUCCCCCUGGCAGACCAACUAGCGCACAGCAGCUGGAAGGUGAGGGCGCAGGCCCUGACCACCGUGCAGCAGAAGGUGACGCGCGCCUUCACCUGCGAGGAUGACAUCUUCGGGGAGGCAGGCCCGCUGCUGGCCAAGGCUGUGGGGGACUCCAACGCCAACGUUAUGGACAAGGCCGUGGAGACGCUGGUGACCUAUUUGGAAAAGGCUGACGAGGCGCUGGCGGCGCGGUGCGUCAGCUGGGUGCUGGAUGCCAUGGCGGCCCCCGUCAGCGCAGUGCUGGCCAGCAAGUGCCUGAAGGGCAAGCCCGCCACCUUGGCGCGCACCGGGGAGGCCUGCCUGCUGCUGGUCGAGCUGGAGCAGGGGGCGGUGGUGGUGGAGAGCGUGCUCAAGGCCUUCUCGGACAAAGUGCCUAAGGUGGUGCUGGCGGCGGUGGACAUCAUCCUGCAGGCCGUCAGCUGCUUUGGCGCGAAGGUGCUGGACCCCAAGCCCAUCAUCAAGUCGCUGCCGCCGCUGUUCGGUCACACCCAGGCGGGGGUGCGUGACAAGGCCAAGGAGGCGUCGGUGGCGCUGGCGGCGUACCUGGGGCAGGGCGUGGUGGCAGGGGUGCUGCUGGACAAGAUGCCGGCGGCGAUGCGCAAGGAUGUGGAUGCCGCCAUCGCGGAGCUGCCCCCCGGCAAGCGGCAGCCCAGCCGGUUCACGCGGCGCGAGGCCGCGGAGCGCGCGGCGCGGGAGCCCGAGGCGGAGGCGUUGGAGGUGGACGGCGGCGAGGGCGCGGCCGGCGGCGGCGGCGACGCGGCGGCGGACGAGGAGCCGGAGGGAGACCCUUAUGAGUUUGCCAGCCCCGUGGACAUCCUGGGCCCGCUGGCCAAGGCGCAGUGUGUGGUGGACGACGACCCGCCGGUGGCCUUCUGGGAGGCGCUGGACGCCAAGAAGUGGGGGCUGCGCAAGGCCGCGCUAGACAGGGUGAAGGAGCUAGGCAGCACGCCGCGGCUGGCGCCCGGCGACUACGGCGACCUGGUGCGUGUGCUGAAGAAGGUGCUGCAGAAGGACAGCAUCAUCCCCGUGGCGGCGGCCGCCGCCGACGUGGCCGCCGUGCUGGCCUCGGGGCUGCGCGACGCCUUCGCCUCCCACGCCAGGAGCCUGUGCCCCGCGCUGCUGGAGCGGUUCAAGGAGAAGAACAUUGUGAUGAGCAAGGCGGCCGAGGAGAGCCUGCGGGUGCUGGCGCAGCACUGCUUCACGCUGGCGGAUGUGGCCGAGGAUGUGGCGGCGGCGCUGGAUCACAAGAACCCAAAAGUCAAGCGCGAGACGGCCAAGCUGGUGAAGGACGUGUUGGAGGCCACCCCCAAGGCCGUAGUGCUCAAGCUGCGGGACUCUGUACUGCCCGCCUGCGCCAAGCUGGCAGAGGCGGGGGACAGCGAGGUCCGCGAGGCGGGGCAGGCGGCCAUGGUGGCGUUUGCGGUGCGGGCGGGCAGCAUGGGCAUCCUGGACAAGGCCAUGGAGAAGCUGGAUGACGUGCGGAAGAAGAAGAUAGAAGAGAUGGUGAAUGAGGCCAUCGCCAAGGGAGGUGGCGGCGGGGGAGGCGGCGGCGCCACCGCGGCACGCGCGCCGCCCUCCCGCACAACCUCUUCGGCCUCUGGCGCCGGCGCCUCGGGAUCUCGCCCCGGCACCGCCCGCAGCAGCCCCAAGGCGCUCGCUCCCAAGAACGGCGUGCGCCCCGGCGCGGCCGCGGGGCCCAAGGCAGGCGCCGCGACGCGGCGUGGCGGCGCGGGCGGUGCCGGCGCGGCCAAGGGGCGCGCGGGUGGCGGCGGCGGCGGCGGGGCUGCGCCUGCUGCCGAGGAGGACCUUUCCUCUGGCAAGCUGUCGCCGGAGGAGCUGGAGGAGCGGAUGGUGGAGAUGUUUGGGGGCGAGACGGUCGAGCUGCUGCGCAGCGCCAAGUGGCAGGAGCGGGUGGAGGCGAUGGGGGUCGUGCUGGGCAGGGUGCAGGAGCUGGGGGACCCCGGCCAGCGCUGCUUCACCCUGGUGCAGUGCGUGGCCUUCCUGCCCGGCUGGGGCGACAAGAACUUCCAGGCAGGUGGCGGCGCCGGGGUGCUGAACAAGGAGUUUGAGGUGGUGACGCACCUGGCGCGGUGCGCCUCGUCCUUUGGCCGCCGUGACGCCUUCCUGGCGCUGGGCGGCCUGGUGGACAAGAUCCACGAGCUGAAGCACAAGAUGCAAGUGUGCGAGGCGCUGACUGCCAUCUCCGAGGCGGUGGGCCCCCAGUUUGUGAUGGCGGAGCUGCACAAGCGGGCUGCCGCCAACAAGAACCCCAAGGUGCUGGCAGAGGCGCUGGGGUGGAUGGCGGAGGCGAUCCCUGAGUUCGGCCUGGGCAUCAUGGAUGUGAAGGGCAUCAUCGAGUGGAUGAAGGCGGACCUGGGGUCGGCCAACGCGCCAGUGCGCAACAAGGCGAUGGAGGUGCUGGGCAAGUGCCACGCCCAGCUGGGUCCCAGCCUGGUGGACUUUCUGGAGGGGCUGAAGCCUGCGCAGCUGAUGGCCCUGGAGGAGCACUUCCGCCAGAACCCCAAGGCAGAGGUGGUGCCCACCCGCAAGGUGCGGGGCAAGAAGAAGGGCGGCACUGUGGCAGCAUCUGACGGCGCCUCUGCAGCUGCCAGUGGGGCGGCCGAGGCCGAGGAGGAGGAGGAGGAGGCGGGGGCUGGCCUCAACCCUGAUGACCUCCUGCCCCGCACCGACAUCUCACCCAGCAUCACGCCCGCCCUGCUGGGCAUGAUCAGCAGCUCAAACUGGAAAGAACGCAACGCGGGCGUGGACCAGGUGUCCCAGCUGCUGGUGGAGGCCAGCCAGCGCAUCGAGCCCAGCGUGGGCGAGCUGUUCAAUGCCCUCAAGGCCCGGCUGGCCGACAGCAACCGCAACCUGGCGGCCAAGGUGCUGCAGCUGCUGGGCGACGUUGCGAGGGCCAUGGGGCCGCCCUUUGACAGGGGCGCGCGCCCGCUGCUCUUCCCCGCCGUGGCCAACCUUUCGGACAACAAGAAGCAGGUGCGGGACGGCGUCCUAUACAUGCUGGACGCCUGGAUCAGCGUGGCCCCUGCUGACAAGCUCUUCCCGGCUGUCGCCGAGGCGGUGGCCAAUCCCAAGUGCCUGGUGGACGGCAAGAUCGCCGGGCUGCAGUGGCUCACCAAGGUUGUGGGCGAGGGCAAGGGCAGGACCGGCGUGGAUUCUGCGCUGAGGGCGGCAGCAGCGGUGGGCAUGCAGGACAAGUCCUCCUCCGUGCGGGAGGCGGGGACCGCUCUGCUCACAGAGAUGGUUGCCCAGCUGGGGCAGGAGGCGGUGGUGGCGGCCCAGGGGCUGCUGGUCAGCGCAGACCGGAAGGCGGCGCAGGAGGCUCUCAGUAAGGUGCUGGCCGCCGCCGGCGGCGCGGCGGCGCCCGCGGCCGCGGCAGCCGGCGCGGGCGCUGCGCGCCCGGGCAGCGCGGCGGCGGCCAAGGCGCCCGCGGCGCGCGCCGGCGCACGGCCCGCCACCGGCAGGCCCGGCACCAGCGCCGCGGCGCGGGCGCCCGCCGGGGCCGCUGCCGCGGCGGCGGCCGCGGCCGCGGCGGCAGAGCCCGGGGCCGCGAUCCUGGCGUUCAGCGACGGCAAGGCGGAGCGGGCUCGCAAGUACCGCCCUCGCCCCGGCAAGUUUGAAGGCGUGGCCCCGGAGGAGGUGGAGGCGCUGCAGCGGGAGCUGGCGGCGGUGGCCUCGCCCCACUGGGCCUCGCUGCUGUUCGACAAGGAUUUCAAGCGGCACCUGGAAGCCGCCGAGCAGCUGUUGGCCAACCUGGCGUCGGUACUGGAUGAAGUACAGGCCAGCCUGGACCUCAUCCUGCGCUGGGCAGUGCUGCGCAUCUGCGACGGCAACAUGCAGUCGCUGGUCAAGGUUCUGGAGAUGUGCCGUGGCAUGAUGGAGGCGCUGGCGGGUGUGGGGUACCGCAUGACAGAAUACGAGGCCCUGGUCUUUCUUCCCGCGGUGGUGGAGAAGUCGGGGCACAACCAGGACCGCGUGCGGGCGCUGCACCGUGAUGUGCUGCGCCUGGCCUGCAGCCUGCACCCCAGCCACCGCGUGCUGGACUACCUGGCACAGGGGCUGGCCUCCAAGAGCAACCGCACCAAGAUAGAGUGCUGCGAGGAGAUUGCGUGCGUCAUCGAGCGGGAGGGCAUCGCCCCGGUGGCGGCCUCCAAGUGCAAGCCGCUGGUAGCGGUGGCGGGUAUGCUUAAGGAGCGGGACGGCGCCACGCGCACGGCGGCGCUGCUGGCGAUCGAGGCGGCGUGGGUGGAGGAGGGGGAGGGCGUGUGGAAGCUGCUGGGCAGGCUGGACUCUCGGGAGGCAGACAUGGUGGCGGAGAAGCUCAAGCGCUCCAGCAAGCAGCCCAAGGUGGCGCCCGAGGCGGCCGCGGCGCCGCCGCCGCCCCGCGCCGCGCCCGCGCCCCGCCCCGGCGUGUUUGUGCCUCGCGAGCCCGCUGCCAUGGCCGGCGCCGCGGCACUGGGCGGCACUCCCAACGGCGGCUACUAUGGUGGUGGCGGGUAUGGCGGCAGCGACCAGCCAGAGGCGAUGUAUGGCGGCGGCCAGCAGCAGGCGUACUCGCAGGCCGGGCAGUACGGCGACGCGACGCUGCAGUACAGCCGCCAGGCCUUCACCCCGCCCGCGGCCCUCGCCACGCCGCUGCCGCCGCGCCCGGCAACUUCAGCGUUCGUGCCGCCGCCCGCGGCGCCAUCGGCGGCGCCCACCCCCGUGCCAGGCAUGCGGCCCUACACCGCGCCAGGCGCCGGCGCCACGCCGCCGCCCGCGGCGCUCGUGGACGACGCCGAGUUUGAUGCUCGGUGGGGCGCCAGCCUGGCGGGCGUGGCCAGCGCUGACGUGGAGGAGGCUGUGGAGCACAUGAAGGUCAUGUGCGGCGACAUCAUGCUGUGCCUCCAAGGCGUGGCCACGCCACACAUGCUGGCGGUCAUGGCCCAGACAGCCGACCAGCUGUUUGCCACCGUCAACGCGCAGCUGCUGCGCGUGUUUGCGGCGGCGGAGGCGGCGGGCGCGGCGGGCGGCGGCCAGCCGCCCUCCCGCGGCGCCAAGUACGCGCUCAACGUGAUGCUGCAGGGCCUCAACGUGCCCGCCAUCGCCGCGGGGCUUGCGCAGGCCACCCUGCGGGACUCGAUCUCCCUGCUGCUGCUGCGCCUGCUGGACGACAAGGGGCUGCUGCACUUUGAGGAGGGCGCCACCCUGGUGAAGGCGGUCAAUGUGCUGAUGCUGAAGAUACUGGAGACCAGGUGUGGCCAGGCGCUGCAACAUAUCCGCAAGCGCUCCUCCUCAGACGACAAGCCGCUGCGCAUGGUCAAGACCAUCCUGCACGAGCUCUGCAAGAUGCUGGGCUACGACAUCUACCAGUAUGCCGCCUGCAUCCCCGGGCGUGACGCCGACCCCCAGCCUAUCAUCUUUGCCUACAUCAGCCUCAACCUGCAGACCCUGAGCCAGAGCGGGCUGAUCCAGGCGCCCGCGGCGGCGGCGGCAGCCGCGGUCCCCGCCGCCAGUGGCGCCGGCUCCGCCGCCUCUCGCUCGCCCAGCAGCGACGGCGGCGAGGGCGGCGGCGCGCGGGCGGCGGCGGUGCAGCAGAUGGUGGCGGCCGCGCUGAGCGAGCAGCAGAAGGUGGAGCUCAAGGGGCGCCUCAAGGAUGUGAUGAGCCGGCUGAUGCAGCGCGAGCAGAGCGGGGCCGCCAUGCAGGAGCUCUACAUCUUGCGCAGCGAGUAUCCCGCGUUUGUGGAGCGGUACAUCGCCACCACCUCAGACAUGUUCCGCCACUUCAUCGACAGCGGACUGGCGGCGCUGGAGGCGCAGGAGCGGGCUGCCGGCGGCGGCGGGGAGGGCACGGCCGCCCCGCAGCAGCAGCAGCAGCAGCAGGCGCAGGAGGCGGGGCCUGGGGCCGCGCAGGCCGAGGCGGCGGCCUCGGGCCGGCGCACACCGCCGGUGCCGCCGUUGGCGCUGCAGCGCCCGCCGCUAUCGCCGCCCACCGCCGCCGACGGGCGGCAGCAGGCGCAGAGCCCCGGGGGCGGCGCGGCCGCGCUGUCGCCUGCCAGCGCCGCCGCCAACAGCGUGCGCAUGGCGUCGAUGCGCGAGCGGCUGUCGCUGAUGCGGCUCAGCACGGGCGGCGACGCGGCGGCGCCUGUCGGCCCGCCGUCUGCCGGCAGCCAGCCCGCCACCGGCCGGUCCAGCACCGGCGGGGGGGACCUGUCACACAUGAGCAGCAGCCUGGAGAGCCUGCAGCAGCGGCUGGCCAACCUGCAGAGCCGGCGCACGUCGCAGCAGUGA